CACCACCACCAGCACCACCAGCCGCCGCCGCCGCCGCCACUGCCGACGCUGGUCCCGCCACAGACGUCCUGCGCCGGCCUGCCUUGUCCCGGGGACCCGGCCAAGUUUUACGGAUACGAUAACUUACAGAGACAGCCGAUUUUUACGACACAUCAAGAGGCCGAGCUGGUCCAGUAUCCUGACUGUAAAUCGUCCAGUGCUAAUAUUGGCGAGGAACCAGAGCCCUUAAAUCAAGGCGCGUCUCCUUCUCCAGUGUUUCCCUGGAUGAGACCACAAGCAGCUCCUGGUAGAAGGCGAGGAAGACAAACCUACAGCCGGUUCCAAACUUUAGAGCUGGAAAAGGAGUUCCUUUUUAACCCGUACCUGACCAGGAAACGAAGGAUCGAGGUCUCCCACGCCCUGGGACUCACGGAAAGGCAGGUCAAGAUCUGGUUUCAAAACCGGAGGAUGAAGUGGAAGAAAGAGAACAACAAGGACAAGUUUCCGGCUUCCAGGCCAGAGGAAAAGGAAGGGGGGGACGCCAAAAAGGAAGUCCAGGAGGACCGAGAGGGAAGAGGGGAAGGCCCAGCGAUGGCGUGAGGUUCUUCUCCUCCUGGUGAAAGACAAUUUUUGGUUUUAGCGGGGAGGCUUUCUCCUGACUUCCUCCUGCUUCUGCUACUCAGGCACCUUUCUUGCAAGAGUCUCACCUUGUCUCUGAAGCUACCUUAGGACAUUUCUGCGCUAGGCAAGAGCUUAUUUUAUUUCUUCUGGUGUGGGGCACCCGGGGUGAAGUCCUAACCAGCUGCUGCAUAUUCCUCCAACUCCACCCUUCACUUCGAGUUUGACACUGAAAAAUCUAGUGAUUUUGUACGUGGCGGGUGUGUGUGUGUCUAUCGGGAAUUUCUCUUCUCUUCUCAGGACAGACCUAUCCAAUGCUUUAAGAAUCAUAUCUACCAAGUGCACUUGUAUCUAUGAAAUUUCCUUCUAGCUUAUAAAGUAAAUUAAUUAAGACAUUGAAUGAUUUGUGUGUGUGUGCUACAGAGGGAAGAAAUAUUUUAAUUAAAUAUUGGUUAUGA